GAUUCGUUUGAUGAGUUGUGUCCUAGCGCCAUCUCCAUAUUUUUUUCAAAGACCCCUUUGGAUACAGCCCGGCAGGGAAAGGGUUAAGGAGCGGGUGGUCCAGAUGCCUCCUCUCCUGCUCGCUAUGACGAACAAAUGAACUCCCGGGGAAUGAAAUUUAAAUUCCACAAAGGAGAAAAAGUCCUCUGUUUCGAACCUGACCCUACGAAAGCUAAAGUACUCUAUGAUGCAAAGGUCGUCGAUGUUGUAAUUGGCAAAGAUGAACGUGGAAAGCGAGUCCCAGAAUACCUGAUUCACUUCAAUGGUUGGAACAGAAGUUGGGAUCGAUUGGCAGCAGAGGACCAUGUGCUCAGGGAAACUGACGAUAAUCGCAAAUUACAACGUAAACUGGCUCGUAAAGCUGUGGCUCGCAUGAGGAGAAAGGGAUGGGGGAAGAGACGUCGUCGUCUACCCGGUGUUGAGUCAGCUCUGAAGACACUUCCUGAAGAGAAGGAAGAGAGUGAUGACGCAUGUUUGAUUACGUCUUCAGACAACAGUGACGAGGACGAUUCCGAGGAUCCUGAAUCUUUGAAAAGUGAGGAGAGUGACUCUUCCGAAGAUUUGGACAAAAUGCAGGAAGAGCAGGAAGCUCACGCUAAGAUGGAGAGUGAGGACAAGACCAUCAACAUAGACAUCCCUGAGGUUCUCAGGAAGAAACUGGAGGAUGACUGCUACUACAUCAACAAGAGGAAGAAGUUGGUGAAGCUUCCGUGCCAGAUGAACAUAUUGAACAUCUUGGAAUCAUACGUGAAGCACUUUGCCUUCAACGCAGCCUUCUCUGCAAAUGAGAGGUACAGAAGUCACCAGAGCACUGCCCAGACCAGCCUCAGUCCUCACUAUGUUCCUCCAGAGAAGAAUGAGGAGCUUUGCAAGGAGAUGGUGGACGGCCUGAGAAUCACCUUCGACUUCACCCUUCCCAUGAUCCUCCUGUACCCCAAUGAGCACGCUCAGUUCAAGAAAGUUAGCUCCUCAAAGUUCUUCCUGCCUAUCAGGGACAACACAGCCAGCUCCAGCAAGACCCUGCGUGAGCGCACCCCCAGCCCCUCUGGCCACAACCCCUCCACCCCCCAGUCCACGGACAGCCAACCGGCCCUGAGCGAGGCCUCCACAACCACGGCAAACCCCACCACCACGCCCAAACGCCGGCGCUGUGCCUCAACAGCCGACCCCGACGCCCCCCAGUCCCUGCGGCGCUCCACACGUCACACUUCGGGGGGCGAGAGGAUGGCGGGCGAGGGGGGCAGCGGCAGCGCUACGACCUCACCCCAGCCCAAACGCCGCCUCGCCAGCCUCGACACGCCUGCCCAGUUGCCCAAGUUCUUCCUCAAUCUGGAGAAGAAAACCCCUGUCCACAGUGGGUCGUCUUCUCCGUUGCCCCAGACGCCCAGUAAGGAGGGCAGCGGCGUCUUCUCUGGCCUGGAGAGCCGACGGAACAACGAGCUCAACGAGGUCCUGAGCUGGAAGCUGACCCCUGAUAACUACCCCCAGAGUGACCAGCCUCCCCCACCCUCCUACUUGUAUGGCUCACAGCACCUCCUACGCCUCUUCGUGAAGCUGCCAGAGAUCCUGGGGAAGAUGCAAAUCCCAGAGAAGAACCUAAGGGCCCUGGUCAAACACCUGGAGCUCUUCCUCAGGUUUUUGGCUGAGUUCCAUGAGGACUUUUUUCCGGAGUCAGCGUACGUGUCGUCAUCGGAGGCCCACUACUGCAUGAAGCACCCGCGGGCCGUUUACUGAGGCCGUUUAUCUCACCCUGCCAUGCCUCGCCCUGAACUGCACUGCUGGGAGGGGAGCUCCAAGCUGCUUCCCAAACCAUCCCUUUCUUUCACUUCUUCUCUGAGACAGCGCCAUUAUCCCUCUCUCUGUUCACCCCUUGCCCUCCUAAAUCCAACCCAUGCAGCUAUGUGGUUUUGCCGGUCGGAAAGAAGUAAGGCAAGGGUCUUGGCUUUUGAUUGGCACAGUAACUCACUCUCCCCAGCCCCCAACCUAGCCUGGCCUAGGAUUAGACCCCCCUGGAUGCAAUGAUUACCUAAAGCAUGGACGUCUACUUGUUAUCCUAGGCUGUAGAUCGUAACCCCCUGCUGGGGUCUUUCCCACGAUGCUGACUUUGUCUAGCUUUCUCUCGCUCUGCGCUCAAGGACCACGUUUGGCCCUCUCUCGUUCUCUAGCAGCAUCUGCGGCCGAUCCUUCUCUCUCCGUCCGCCUAGACAAGCAAACACAGGGAGAAGGCCUAUUUGAUACGUUGGCUUUGUGUGACUAUUGGCUUCUCCUCGGCUCACCACGCUUGCUGCCCCAAGCCACGCUUCAGUGUGUGUUAAGUUAUUUCUAACCUCUUGUAGAAUGUCAUUACUCUAGUAAUGUCUACUAUCUGUGUUCCUCUUGCUUAGAGGGGCUGGUGACGUUAUGACCACUGUGUGUUCAUAUUAAUAUUUGUCAUGGCAUUACCCCUAAUGUUUGAAAAAGGUAUUGAAUUUCGUUGAUGUAUAAAUUCCUUAUUCUGUGUUUGUUUUUUAGUUUUUUAUACGCUGUUAACUUGUAGACCCGAACAGGAACACACUGUGGAGGUGGAAAUGUAAAAAUAUAAACUUUCAGUUUGUUUUCCAUUAGUCUUAUCUGAAAUAAAAGUGGGAGCAAUAUUUUUGGCAUGUGGUUUAUGAAUAUUGCUGUUCUGUUGAUUCAUAAAGACCUAGGCCGGGAUUCGAUGCAAGGCGUGUUAUAUGGCAGCACAAUAUAAACAGGUAAUUGACACUUGAGCCGAACUGCGCCAUGUUUAUCAUGAAUGCAAUCCCUGCGAAUGUUGCCUUUUUAAGAGGUGUUGUCAGCUGUGUAGAUCGCUGUGCUAUAAUGUGCCAUGCAUUUAAUCCUGGUCCUAUUCUCUGCUGUUCUUCUCUCCCUCAAGUUGAGUCCUUUUUCCUUAAAGAAACAUUAUUCACACUAAAGGUUGUUCUAAACUACAGCAAAGUACAAGAGCAGAUCGUUGGGUUUAUCCUCGGGGUGAAUCGGCUACGGUUUGAGAUUGAACAGGGCCUUUGUUCUCAGAGGUGUGGGAAGGGCAGCACAGGGGAGGGAGCCUGUACUAAAGCCAGUGUUGUUCAGAGGAUGACUUCAGCCUCCUUUGAUGGGCACACAGCGUUUUGGGUUGUGCCCUGUCUGUCAGUCGCUGGAUAUUGGUGCCCGUAGACCAGGGAUCGUCAACUAGGUUCAGCGGCAGGUCAAUUUUCUUUUUCUUGAGAGGAUGGGCAGGGGGCCUGAACAUAUUUACUAAGAAUUUGUAAACUCCAAAUUGACCGCAAGAAGCACACAAAGAUCUAAUAUUUGUCUGAAACAUAAUCAUUUCAACCCUUACUUACAUUUGUAUACAAUCACAUAUACAGUAUGUAUUAUGAGUGGGAAUACUUUGGAACAGAUUUGAAAUAAAAUAAUUUUAAGCUGA